AUCUUAGAGGGGUUUUUUUUCUCCUCCUGAGACUCACUGUCCAAACCUAUUAGUUUAUUAGUUUAUAUAUGUGUGUGUGUAUAUAUAUAUAUAUAUAUAUAUAUAUCUUUUUUUAGUUAAUUUUUUCAUGGAUGGGCUAUUACAUGUAAAAAUGUGGUCAUUUUGGACUUUCUUACAUUUUUUUUUAAAAGAAAGAUUAAAUGCAUUGGGAUGUUGUCACACACACAGUUAUGCGAGUAUAAUGCACAGUGAAAUGCUUAUGUAUCAGGUCGGUUAUACGAGUAAAGUGGAAGACAAAUGGAGAAGAAUCACUGAACUCAUUUAAUGGUUGGUUAACAUUAUGAACUAGUAGCUCAGCUAUAGGCCAAUUAUCCAUAAGUCGAAUAAUAUGUUGUGGGCUAGGGUGGUCUUUAUCUUUCUUUUAAAACGUUGAAAUGAGCAUUAAAGAAAGUGAAACCAACUCUCACUGUAUGAGCCUUGCUGAAGGUGCAUGAGUAGAAGACGAAAACCGUCUUAAUGUGGACUGCUUGUCUUCAGUUUUACCCUCCUGUCCGACAGGUGGCGGUACUGAACUUGUAGGCUGGUUUGCUAAUCCCUGAUAAAGAACAACAAUAACAAUUUAACGCAGUGACAAAACUGACUACCUAUUGCGCAAUUUCUUGCUAAUUGACAACCGUGUUUCACACAGAUGAAAGCUUGUGAAGAGUUGUAACUAGCCGUUACAUUGAACGACUGACGUUAACUAGCAAGUGUAACGCUGAAGCUAACAGAGGCUCAGCAGACUGUGCUUAUUUGAUGUCAUUUGGACUUGAAGCAUCAUCAAUUACGUUCAGAGAGGAAUCUUCACUCUUUUUUUUUUCUUUUUUGUUUUUUGGUGAUGGAGUCAUCUGACAGUCAGGGGAAACUCAAUCACAUGGUGGGGACUGUGGAGCCAAAUGAUGUUCCUGCUGCUGAAGGCGCCACCGGACAGAAAGACACAUCACCUGUAGACAUGCUGAGAAUAAAGCAACAGAUGUCCAACCAGUGCUUUGAGAUGGCAGUACAGCUCAACGCAGAAAAAAAUAAAAGGUCGUGCAGCACAUCUGAAGCAGAGAGAGACUUGCCAGAAUAUAUCAGUGAGCUUGAAAGGGUGAAGACGCUUCAUUUUAACAGCACACUGACCCUGCACAGAAUGCAGAUGUGGCACGCUAUCGGAGAAAAGCUGAACUGGAGUGACUCUGAAGCAGACGCCCUGAAAGCCAUAAGUGACCGCUGCAUGGGUCUUUGUUCACACAUAAAACACCUUCAACAGGAGUCCAAAAAACUUCAAGAUGAGAUUACAGAAAUACAGAAGAACAGACUUGAGAUGAAACGGGUCACGCAUGAGAAGAUCAAACACAUGGAGGAGUUUUCAAAGAAAGAGUAUCCAGACAUGGAAAAGUACAAAGCUGCGUUGGAGAAAGGCCAAGCAAACCUGGAGAAAUAUAAAAAGAUGGCCAUCAUGACACAAAAUGUCCUCAGGGGCAUCCUCUUGGCCUGUAAAGUCAACUGGCUUGAUGAUCCCAAACUUCGAGACAUCGCCAUGACACUCGAGGAGUUUCCCAUCUCUGAGUAAAGAUGGAGGUCGUGUGUGUGUGUGUGUGUGUGUGUGUGUGUGUGUGUGUGUGUGCGUGUGCGUGUGUG